GGCCGGAGCGGGUCGUGCGCGCUGAGGAGGAGCCGCCGUCGCCGUCGCCGCCGCCACCGCUACCGAGGCCGAGCGGAGCCGUUAGUCCCGCGCCGCCGCCGCCGCCCGCCCGUCCCGGAGCAGCCCCGGGCCUGCCCGCGCGCGUUCAGAUUUUGAAAGAAUACAAUGUCUAAUGGUUAUGAGGACCACAUGGCCGAAGACUGCAGGGAUGACAUCGGGAGAACGAAUCUGAUCGUCAACUACCUCCCUCAGAACAUGACACAGGAUGAGCUGCGGAGUCUCUUCAGUAGCAUCGGGGAAGUGGAGUCUGCCAAACUGAUUCGGGAUAAAGUAGCAGGACACAGCUUGGGCUAUGGCUUUGUCAACUACGUGACCGCGAAGGACGCGGAGAGGGCCAUCAACACGCUCAACGGCCUGCGGCUCCAGUCCAAGACCAUCAAGGUGUCCUACGCGCGCCCCAGCUCAGAGGUCAUCAAAGAUGCCAAUUUGUACAUCAGUGGCCUCCCGCGGACCAUGACCCAGAAGGACGUGGAGGACAUGUUCUCGCGCUUCGGCCGCAUCAUCAACUCACGGGUGCUGGUGGACCAGACCACAGGUUUGUCCAGAGGGGUUGCGUUUAUCCGGUUUGACAAACGGUCGGAAGCAGAAGAGGCAAUUACCAGUUUCAAUGGUCAUAAACCCCCAGGUUCCUCCGAGCCCAUCACAGUGAAGUUCGCCGCCAACCCCAACCAGAACAAGAACGUGGCGCUGCUCUCCCAGCUCUACCACUCGCCCGCUAGGAGGUUCGGAGGCCCCGUCCACCACCAGGCACAGAGAUUCAGGUUCUCCCCGAUGGGCGUAGAUCACAUGAGCGGGCUUUCCGGGGUCAAUGUCCCAGGCAACGCUUCCUCGGGCUGGUGCAUCUUCAUCUACAACCUGGGCCAGGACGCCGACGAAGGCAUCCUCUGGCAGAUGUUUGGCCCCUUUGGCGCAGUGACCAAUGUGAAAGUGAUUCGCGACUUCAACACCAACAAGUGCAAAGGGUUUGGCUUUGUGACCAUGACAAACUAUGAAGAAGCGGCCAUGGCCAUAGCGAGCCUGAACGGGUACCGCCUGGGGGACAAGAUCUUACAGGUCUCCUUCAAGACCAACAAGUCCCACAAAUAACGCGCUCAUGCUUUUUUGUUUUUGUUUCGUUCGUUUGUUUGUUCGUUCGUUCGUUUUUUUUUUUUUUGUACGGAAUAGAUAAUUAAGAGUGAAGAAGUCGAAAACUUUUUUUCGUUAGUGUACAACUCAUUUUGCGCCAAUUUUCAUUUUCACGAAGUGUUUUGUCUUAGUCGAAAAUGAGAAGUGAAAAAAAAAAAGGUUUUUAUACUCUGGGAUGCACCGACAUGUUCAAAUGUUUGAAAUACCCCUCCCCCCCCCACUCCCUAGACCAAGUUUAAGUUUCUUAAGUUAUUUCCUUGAAACUCUAUUAAACCGAAGCCCAAGUUGACCGCAGUGACUAACCCGUCCCUGGGCGAGGGGCCGGCAGCAGGCCAGGACUUGUCAGCGGCUACCACGUGUUUCAUUCGCUGUCUCCUCAAGCUGGCACCCCCAAACCCACCACCCAACCCAAAAGCACCUUGGCCGGCUUCCACCCUUAGCAUUAGGGAGCGGCUAAGAAGAGCAGGGGGUAUGGGGCUCCCCACUGCUCGCUCCCCUCCCUGCUCUCAGAGCAGCGGAGUCUUGGCUGGAUGGAAACCAGCUCUCCAGGCCCAUCCAGCUGCCAACACCCCCCACACUUAGCCCCUGCAACCCCCAGCCUUGCUUACUCAGCCCCGGCCACCUGGGCCACCACCAGGCCAGGCCUUGGCGGGGGCAGAGGCGGAGGGGGAGGCGGGGGCAGGUGUGUUUCCUCAGCCCAGGUGCCCAUGGAACUGACCAAAGAGUUUCCGGGAAACUCCAGAAUCUUCCAGAGGCGGCUCUAGGCUCCUCUGCCCGCCCCGUUUUCUGGGCACACUUUGCAUGUGGUGCCCUUCCUCCCCACCCAACCCCCCCCAAAAAAAAAAACCCGAUACUGUUGUUUGCCCUCAUUUCUCCUGCGUCUGAGCGCGCUGUUGCAGGGUUACAGAACUGGGCCCGCAGCACCGUGCCAGCAUUUGAGCAUCGUAUUUCUCGCAUCCCUUCUCGCGCCAGACCUUUUUCUAUUUUAGUCAGACUUUGUUUUUGAAAUGUGACUUUCGUAUGAACACUCAGCAGGAAAAAUACUUACUUCUUACCAGUUAUCUAUUAACACCCACAGAAAAGGAAAAAAAAAAAACGAGGGGAAGAAAAAAAAAAAGACCCACAAGUAACCUUUGUUUUGUAGUUUUAAAGAUUAACCCUCUUCAAAAGUUCUCUUCCAAACUGCCUUGCCAUUUGGGGUUGUUCUGUUCUGUUAAUUUUCUUUUGCUUUUUUUGUGUUUUUUGUUUGUUUUUACUUUUGCAUUUAAGACCAUUAAAUUUGAUUUCGUUUUGCUCGAAUUUUGUUUUGUUUUUUUUUUUGUUUUUACCUUUUCUUUCUUUUUGGCUAGGGCAGGUCCAGAGGCGCCAGCGUGCGGGAGAGCGUUGGUCAGGUCUUAGGGAGGCCAAGUCUGGUCUGGCGGACCCAGCGGUCACAGAGCUGGGACUUCAAGGUCUCGGGAUGGGGGGGUUGACCCCCCGGGAGCUGGGUGUAGGAAAGGGGGGGUGGGAGGGGGUAGGGGGCGGCACAGGAGACGCCUCGGGAACGAGCUCCAGUUUUGCUAACUCACUUGCAGACAGAAGCCAAAGUCAGACCAGCUCAGGAGCCGGACUUUGUGUCUUAGGCCAGAGAUGUGGAAUGAGGGCUGUAAUUUGGGGUCGCCGUUGUGGAGCGGGGUGCAUCUGUCUGUUCUGGAUGUAAGUGUUGAAGCGGCAGGAGAGUCCUCCAGGCAGCUUCAGCCACUGUCAGGAACCCUCUGAGAUUGCCCGACCCUUUUGAUCCCCACCCCUUCACCCCCUUCCCUCUCCCCGGGCCCCAGAGCAGCUCACAGCUUCUGCUGGGGGAUAAUGCCGCGCCCCAGCCUGCAAGGCCCCUUGCAGCUCAUGUUUCCUGAGUCCCCACAGAAUUGUGUCUCUCCAAGAGCCCCACAGCCUCUGGGGUGCUCCGUGUGGGGCCUUCGGAGCCAGGCCCAAGAAGGCCCUGGGAGCCCACUAGCUAGUUCCGGGUUCCCCACUUCUCAGCCGCCUCCUGGCCCCUGCUUUGUGAGUCUUUUGGCCUCUUUGCAAGCAGGGAAAGACUCGACUUCCUAAAAAGCAACACACCCCCUUUCAAAAUCAGGGUGCCCCACACUUGGCCCCAUGCUGCCCUCCACCCCCAUUUGAUCCUCUCUGCUCUGGGCUGCUUUGCCAGAGGGAAAUUGUGUGCGUGUGUGUGCGCAUGUGUGUGUGCGUGUGUAUGCAUAUGUGUGCAUGUAGGUAUGCAUGUGCGUGCGUGUGUGUGUGCAUGCAUGUGUAUGUGUGCGUGCGCUAAGUCCCCAUCCAGGAGGAACUGGCUUUCUCCCUUUGGCUUUUCCAUGGAUGAAAUCCUAUUUGUAUUCACGAGAAACCAGUUCUCGCCUUUUCUUGGGGACUUUGGCCAAGAACCCAGCCGAGGCCGUGUGCCGCGACAGGCCGCGUGGUUUGGUGCAGUGAUACCAAAGAGGCUCCAGUGACUUUGCCUUGGGCCUAUGUGACUCCCUGUCCCUGGCGUGUGGCUGCACUGCUGCUCCUGCUCCUUUGGAAUCCCCCCCCCAAGCCCCGUGCCUCCUCCUGGGCCCCCCCACACCCCUCCAACAAUCCAAGUUUCUGCUCUACUGAGCCUCCAGCCACAUGCUCCGUGACCAUGGCAUCUGCCACUCUUGGUGAGACAGCCGCAAGCCAGGCUUCGGUGGCUGCUCACAGGUGGUUUGGGGUGAGGGGGUGAGGGGUUCCACCUUCUUGGUUCCCCAGAGGACCCUACCCCGUAACCUUAAUAUCUGGACCACUGGGGUGGGAGGGUCCCAUGGAAUGACCCAACAGCGGGACCCUCUGACAGUCAUUGGCAAUAAUGUAAAUCCAGUACCCAGCUGAUUUGUCUCGAAGGAGUUCCCAGGACGUCUUCGAGGCAUGUCUAAGGUCACCCCCAGACCAGUGGUCACCCACACUGGGUGGGUCCGGGAUGGCCUCAGCUUGCUCUUCCGUUUCGUGCCCAAGGCAGCUUCAUUCCAAUUCUGGGGGCGGUUGGGGCAGGACAAAAGUGUCAAGGACCUCUGUUGUCCCUGACAACUGCAGCCUCACCCCCCUCCCCAGGACCUCAGGCAUCUGAGGUCUUGUGUGCCCCUCCCCCCCCCAGGAAGCGUUACCUCCCAGGCCUACCACCCACUUGCAUUCUGCCGAGUGGCCGGCCAGGGAGGUGUCCAGGGGUGGGGAAAGAGCAGUAGACCCCAAAGUCCGUGUCUCCCCCUUGCCAACCCCUACUUUCGCCUCUGACUCCUGAUUAUCCAACACCCAUAGCAAUUCGGGAUCUGGCUGGUGGGGGGAGGGGGGGCAGGCGGAGGGGAGGUCCCCAAAGCCAGUCUGACUGGAACUUGUGGGUUAUGACCAGGACCGGGAGGCGCCUGGGGCCAUGAGCAUCCCUCUCAAGGGGGCUAGACUUUCUUCCAGAGGAAGAGAAGGGGUGUCUGCAGGUGGGGGCUAUGGGGGGGCCACCUUCCCAUGUGCUUUUCUGUUUACAGUGACUUGCUCUGGACGGGGGUGGGGGGCCCGCUGUACUCGCUGAUUCCCCAUGUUGUACAGUAGCUGGGUAGCGUUUUUGUACCGAAAUUAGUGUGUUUUAAGUUAUUGAUUUGUUUUCUAUGAAAUAAUUUAUUUUUCAGGUACCAUUUCUUUUUUUCUUUUUCUUUUUAACUUUGUUUUUACUUACCCUUGGGUUUGUUUCCAAUAAAGAAUGGCACUUGAUGUCCAAAAGUCAAAAAGUCAAACGAAUCCCAUUGUGUUCUUUGGAGGAUGCUGAUGUGACUUAGCUCCAGUGAUGGUCAUUCUUCUUUAAUUAUUUUCAGGGAAAAAAAAAACAACAACAACGAAAGGACAGAGCCCUUCUCGGUUUCCCCCUGCCCCGUUUGCCUUUGGAUCUUGUGAAUAUCAAUGUUCUUUAGUGCUCUUUUUUUUUUGGGAGGGAGAAAAGGGGGAAAAAAACAGACCUAGAUUUUGAUAAUCCAGAAGAUUUCAGAUUAAUAAAGCAACUUUGAAAGAAGA